GCGCAGAGCCAACUUUUCAAAUGAUCCUCAUCUACAGGUGUUUGGGAUUCAUGUAACGCCACGAAUGGCUGAAAUUUCAGGUCGCGUGAUCCCGGCACCAAGAAUACAAUAUGGCGGCCGCACAAAAGCGCAGGCAGCACCGCAGAUGGGCGUCUGGGACAUGCGUGGAAAACAAUUUUACUCUGGCAUCGAAGUUAAGGUCUGGGCUAUCGCCUGCUUCGCCCAGCACAGGAUUGUUCGUGAAGACGCUCUAAGGUUAGUUACUUGUUUUACCUUGCUCAUCAUACCCUUAAAUGAGUUCCAUUUAUAUUUUUAUAUUUGA